CCGCGGUGCCGGGAGCCGGAGAGGGUGGCGGCGCCGGGGAUAUGGCCGCGGCGGGGCUGCUUUCGUGCUUCCUUUCGUGCCUCCUGGUCGCACUGCCCCUCCGCUGCGCAGGUCUAACUAAUCUGAAGAGUCCUCAAGAUAUUCAGAUCUACGUUGUAAAUACAAACUUCACUCUGAGGUGGAACUACACUGAGGAUGAUACCCACAUAACGUUUUCAGCUCAAUAUCGCUGGUUUGAAGACUUUGAGACAAAUGAAACAGAAUGGAAAGAUUUGCCCGGGUGUCAAAAUGUCACUCACACUGAAUGUGACUUUUCCUCAGCAAUAACUGAAUAUUAUGUUAAACAUCAUGUGCGUUUAAGGGCUGAAACAAGAGAAGACAAAUCUCCAUGGUCUAGUAUUUUUGAAAUGAUUCCGUAUUAUAUAGCUGAGAUUGGUCCACCAGAAAUAGAGUUGCAGUCUACAAAUGGAGUAAUAAAAAUUAAGGUUUCUCCUCCAGAAGCAAAUCAGGUCCAGAAAAUGUGGAUAGAUGAUCUGAGUUUUAAAUAUAACUUAGUUAUCUGGGAAAACUCAUCAAAUGCAGAGUUCAGAAAACAAAGUAUAUUUCCUACUGAUACAAUUAACGAUCUUGCACCAGAAACUAUCUACUGUUUGAAAGUUCAAGCAACCCGUCCUUUGGAUUUUCAAGAAGGCUUAUUCAGUCCCAUUCAUUGCAUAAAAACUACCCGUAAAGCAAAAGACCUACUUUGUCCAACACAUGUGAGAAUUUUUGCUUUGGACAUGAUGUUUCAUCUUCACUGGAAUAGUCAGUACAAACAGCAUGUGAGCUAUACUGUACAGUAUCUCCUGGGGUAUUUGAAGAAGCUUCAUGGUGAUUACUCUGCAAAGUGGCUCCAUGUGCCUGGAUGUGAAAACAUCACUAAUACAAAAUGCAACUUCUCAUCUAUCAUCACUAUUACUCGCGGAUUUUAUUAUCUCCGUGUACAGGCAGUGAAUGAAUAUAAUAGAUCGUGCUUGUCUGAUGAAGUGAAAGUAGAUCCUCUGGUAACAAAUGAAAUCGGCCCUCCCAUUGUAAAACUGGACAUCAGUGAUGUUUUGCUCCAUAUCCAGAUCUCUCCUCUGGGAGGAUCUGAAACUAAGGCCUGGAGAGACCAUUAUAACUUAUCUUACCGGAUUCUGUAUUGGAAGAAUUCUUCAAAUAAUGAGGAGGAAAUGAAAACGAAAGUGAUAAAACAGACAAUAGGGACAGUUUCUGAUCUAGCACCCUCAACUUUGUAUUGUGUAAAAGUACAAGCAUUCUCAGAAACUUACAACAAAAGCAGUCAUUUCAGCAAGGAUGAAUGCAUCAGAACACCUGGAGAUAAAGUGGUACCUCUGAUCAUUUUAAUAACAUUCGUAAGUGCUUUGAUUGCUGUCUUGCUUGGGGCAAUGCUCAUCAUUUUUGUCCUAUAUCAAGCAUAUAAUCGGAUCAAGUAUGUGUUCUUUCCUUCGUGUCAUCCUCCUUCAAACAUAGAGGAUCUUGGAGGACUACCUUUCAGCAGUCCAUACAUGUUAACUGAAGAAGAGCCAACAGAAAAGUUUUCCAUAAUUGAAAGUAUCAUCACAGAAGAAACAAAUCAAAUUGAUUUUAAAGACUACAAACAUUCUAAACAGAGCAGUCGAGAUUCAGGAAAUUAUUCUAAUGAUGAUGACACUUCAGGGAGCAAAGUGUCAGAAGAAGUGCUAGAAAAGGAAAUAGUAUAACUUAAGAAAAUAAAACUCAAAUGUUGGACUUGCAGUAUAUCAAGCACUUAAACUUUUUUAUUAUGAAGGUCUCGAGCUAAUGAAGACAGGAUGACUUUGGGUUCUGGGUGCUGAAGCUCCCAAAUCUGAAAUUUGCUAAUGGAAAGUUAGAAAGUUACAUUCCUUCUCUGCUGCAAGAGGACUCAAAUCAAAGCACAAUUGACUUCUAGUAACUUAGGCCAUUUUGACGGAAUUUUCUGCUUAUGAUAAAAAGAGUGCCAUUUGAACAAAGGAGCAGAUCUGUACGCUUUGUAUACUUGAACCUGGUAACAUCGAUGAGACUCUACUGACGUUCUGCAAAAAGUUUCUCACUAUUUAGGAGACUGAAGCAUCAAAAUCCAGUGUUGAAUUUUUGUGUAUUCACACAAGCAGGAGGAAAUCGUUGCCUAAUAGGAUUUUAAGAACUUCUCUGACCUCUUCUCCCAGCCCCCUUGGGGCAGUGUUUUUUAGCUCGAUGGGUCCACAGCAAAGGAUAUAAAGAGAGCAAUAGCCUCAGCGAGGUGCCUCCUCUGAGCCUACUCGUAGAGUUCCUUGUGGCCGAUGCUGCGGGAUGCUCCUGGUGCCUGCUCUCCUGCUCAUAUAUCUGUGUCCCUGCAUCAGGGUGCUCUCCUCACACAGUGCUCAGUGAUCUGGGCGAGUAUGGGUGGGGGGACGGAGCAGGAAGGAGGUUCACUCUGCUUAACUAUGAAGAAAAGUUGUAACAGUGGAAGCUCGUUUGACCAAAUUAUUUUGCACCACAUGUAGGACAACAAUGAAUGUCCAAGCCAUGUGUACACUUCAGGAAGAAAACAUAUUAUUAAUUUAAUGACAAGGCAUGUUAAGAGGCAUAUUCUUAAUUUUGCUUCUUUUUUGUUUUGUGGUUAGAUACCCAGAAGUGUAAAAUAUUUACUUCUUAAUGAGUUUUAUUUAGAAACGUGACUCUCUCUUAACAAAGAAGGAACUGAUUUCUGUAAUUAGAAGGACUCAAGUUGCAUUAAGAAUAUAUCCUAACAGAGUGGUGAGGAUAUUUGUCAUUCAAAACUUUCUCAAUUUGGUCUCAUUUUAUUAACAGACUUUUCUUUCUACAAAAUACCAGAAUAUGCUGCAAUAACAUUUUUCCAUUUGCA